AUGUUAAAUGAUCAAACAGCCGAGGAUUGUAACACUUCUACUGAUGAAUUCGAAGAUAGCGAUGACAGUAGCGUGGAUAUUGUUUCUACUGGAUGUGAAGGUGACAUUCUGCAGAAAGAACUCCGAUCCUGUGAUAUCAUAGCAGAUAGUAGUCACCAUAAGUUCUCUAUCAAUAACAUUCUGGGGAUCAAAAAGGAAGAGGAUGCUAUUGGGGAAAAUGCAGAUGGAGAAGAGGUUGCAGCAGAAUGUCCAGUUGAAACUAAAAUCAAGUGCAUCAAACCAACACCGAUAUCAGGUCUCCUGCAACAUCCCAUUCUGGACAUCCACAAUCAUGGCCAAGCUGAUUCCUAUCCACCAGAUCCUGGAUUACAUCAGUAUCAUCAUUCGAAAUUGUCCUCGAGUGCUUCGAACGAAUCCUACGUGCAAUAUCAUCUACAACACAUGAAUUCGCAACCUCUGUUCUAUUCGAAUUGGUUGGGAUCGUCUUCGGAUCCGAAGAGUUCUAGUCAGAUAUUCGGACUUCAAGUCCCGAAAACUACCAGCAGACGAUCCAGAAAACCUGGUUUGGACCGCAAACCCCGCCAAGCGUACAGUGCCAAGCAACUGGACCGUCUGGAAGGGGAAUUCAAAAUCGACAAGUACCUGAGCGUGAGCAAACGCAUGGAGCUCAGCAAAGCUCUCAACCUCACCGAAGUGCAGAUCAAAACUUGGUUCCAGAACAGGAGAACCAAGUGGAAGAAGCAGCUGACGACGCGACUGAAGAUCGCCCAGCGACAAGGGCUGUUUCCACCCCACUAUUUCGCCCCUAAUGCCGUGCCGCUGUUUAACCCCUACUAUUCGCCGUUGGGGUGCGUGUUGGGGGUUGUUCCGGGAGAGGGAGCUAGUGAUUCUGCCUCCCGAGUGAUAGUUAUCACCUUCGAGAGCAUUAUCUAUUCAGAAAUAAAAAGAGAAAAAGAGCACAAGAGCUCAAUAGAUCUCCACACUUUACAUAGAAUCGGGAGUGUUUGA